AUGCUACCCAAAUGUCUUCUUUUUGCAUUUACUCAAGAUGCAAUGCUGCUGCAGUCAUAUAAGUUGCUACAAAGACAACUUCGAAGACUUCCACUACCGCAGGGUGUUAUUUGUGAUGGAUCAAAGGUAUUGAAGCAGCAGUACCUACAAGGCAAGAGCAAAAGAUUCGAACUCCUAUUCCACCAAAUCUUGGACCAGGAACAGUACAAAAAGUUGACCGAAGUUCUUGAUGCUAUAUACAAGGUGGAUAAGCCCGCGUGGUAUAGGGAGUUUAUUAAUAUACCGUACAUGAAAGUGAAGAGACAUUGGCCUACAAUACAUCUCAUUGACACAUUAACUGAUAACUCGAGUGCAAAGAAGACAUAUUAUUGCAAGUUAGCCAAACCAUUUUCAGUUACACAAUCGCUCAACUUGAAACCUGAUGAGGCGCAAUAUCAUUUGCCAUUGCUCAAGAAGUUUGGCGACCAGGUGAAUCCUGUAGUCAAUUUAAUCAAAGAAGUGCACAAGACAUACCAGUUUGUCGUAUCUCAAAAAGUAUUUGAGGUGACAAAACAUCCAUUCGAAGUGUUUUACUAUCCUUCUAAACUAGGCAUUCCAGAACACCCCGUUGGCAUUGAUUGCUUAUUAAGGAAAAAAGUCAGUCUGGUCAAACACGUUUUGGAAACAUUUCAACCAAUACUGAAGGAGCAGUUGACCAAAUUAAUGAAUGCAAACGGCGUAGUAAACCCCAGGUUCUAUCACCAUCUUCAAAGAAAACGCUCAAAAGUAGACACGAGUUUUCAAGUCAAAAAAUUGAUCAUAAAGGAAAAAAUUUUAGGUGAAGAGCAAUUACAGGAUGUGAUUCGAAAGUAUUUACAGCAACAGUAUUACCUCGAGAAUGCAAAUUAUAAACUCAAUAAACUUUAG